AUGUUGACCUCCAAGUUCUCCUGCUGCCUGGUGGCCCAUUUAGCCAUCCUUCUUGGGCUUCUACUGCUGGGAACCUGCAAAGGGCAGAAUUGGUCAUCUUUUCAAACCAAGCAUAUCGAUUUUCCAAAAAGUUCAGCCUCAAAUCCCAAUGCAUACUGCGACCUGAUGAUGAAACGGAGAAACCUGAAUCCAACAAGGUGCAAACCCCGCAAUACGUUUGUCCAUGCAAGCCAGUCUGAGAUCCAGAAUGUGUGCAGCAGCAAAGGGACUCACUACAAGGAUAACUUAUAUGACAGUGAGGAAGAUUUCCCUUUGACUGACUGCAAGAACGUGGGUGGUACUUCUCCAGACAACUGCAAGUACAUCGGCACUCCCGGGACCAAAAGAAUCCGUGUAGCCUGUGAGAACAACAAACCGGUUCAUUUUGAGCUUGUCCUUGCAACACUGUAG